UGCUAGGUCUACUUCCACACUUUACUUUUCUUUCUUACGACUCUCGCCGGCGCCGUGCCCUCCCCCCGCUGUCGCCUCCGCCGCCGCCGCCAGCCAUGCUUCUCCUCAAGAAACACGUCCUCCUCCUCUCUCUCCGUCCCCGCGCCACAAGUGCCAUACUCGCGUUCCGCCACCGAUGCCUCUUCUCCAACACCCGAUUCGCCGCCACCGCCGCCGUGGCAGCGUCGGCUAGCCCUGCUCCGUUCGCCAUGGAGGACUACCUCGUCACGUCUUGCCACCUCACCCUGGCGCAGGCCGUCAAGGCCUCCAAGGUCCUCUCCCGCCUCAAGUCCCCCUCCAAGCCCGAGGCCGUCCUCGCCUUCCUCUCCGACCUCGGCCUCUCCGACGCCGACGUCGCCGCCGUCGUCGUGUACGACCCUCUCCUCCUCUGCUCCGAGGUCGACAAGACCCUGGCCCCGCGCCUCGCCGAGCUCCGGGACCUCGGGCUCUCCCCGUCCCAGAUCGCCCGCCUCGUCCUGGUCGACCCCGCCCGCUUCCGCCGCCCCACCAUCAUCUCCAAGCUGCAGUACUACGUCCCCCUCUUCGGCUCCUUCGAGAACCUCCUCCAGGCGCUCAAGUACAACUCCUACCUCCUCAGCUCCGACCUGGAGAACGUUGUCAAGCCCAACGUCGCGCUCCUCCGGGAGUGCGGGUUAGGUGACUGUGAUAUUGCCAAGCUAUGCAUCCCCGUGCCGAGGCUGCUCACCAGCAAGCCAGAGCGCAUCCAGGCCAUGGUGGCGCGUGCCGAAGAUGUCGGUGUGCCCCGUGGCUCUGCGAUGUUCAGGCACGCGCUGCUGGCUGUUGCAUUCCUCAGCGAGGAGAAGAUUGCUGCUAAGGUGGAGUUCCUGAAGAAGACAUUCAGGUGGUCGGAAGCUGAGGUGGCCAUUGCUGUUGCCAAGCUUCCGGUGGUGCUGAGGAACUCCCAGGAGAGGCUGCUGCGCAUGUCGGAAUUCUUGAUGUCGGAGGUUGGGUUAGAGCCGGAGUACAUUGCUCACAGGCCGGCAAUGCUCGCUUGUAGCUUAGAGGCUCGGCUCAAACCUCGGUACUAUGUUGUGAAGUUUCUUAAAGAACAUGGAUUGCUAAAGCCUAACCGAAGCUUCUACACCGCAGCCCAGGUGAGCGAGAAGGUAUUCGUGGAGAAGUUCAUACGUCCUCACAAGGAAGCUGCGCCUCGCCUCGCUGAAGACUAUGCUGCCACUCUCAAAGGGGAAGUGCCCACUAGAUUCAGAUUGCAAUAACCAAGAACAAGCUUAAAUAGUAUUUAACCGCUUUUUGCACAAUGAAGUUUUCUCUCUGGAGUCUGCAAAGCAAGUUGGCAAGUCUUGUUCCUGUGUUGUUUUUCUAACACUCUAACUGGAUGUUUGGUGUCCACUAUAGUAUGCCACUUGCAGUUUGGUAGUUGCUAAUAUUUUCUAAAUUUGAAUAUGUUUUGGUCGUCAUCUAGUAGAUAAGAAAGAAAGCAUGGCACAGUUACGAAUUGGUUCUUCAUCAUGUCAUGUUAAUAACUAUGUUUCUGAACCUGGCUUGUUCAGUCUGCGUUUUGUACUAAGAUCAGACAAUUAUCAACGUCUUUAGGUCUGAUUUGGGAUGUGAGAAUGUUCCUAUUCCUUGAGGAAAUAAACUUACUAAUGUUAAAUUCUUGUUGAAUCCUGCACUACAAACAUGCCAUGUAUUGUGGAUCAACAGCUUCCCUGGUAGUAUGUAUUACUCAUUAUUUCAAUUUGCAUAUGAUUUAUCUUCUCCCAUCCACAUGAAUUCGUGCACAAGGAGGAUAGUGUUCCAGGCCUUGCUGAUACAACGAAAGGCCAAUGGAGCUUUUCUGUGAAAUAACAAAAGGGAAAGAGAAAGGGGACACUUGUUGUCGAAAGUAGUAGCAAGAAAAAAGUGUUCUAAGGUUUGUCAUAUCCAGGGUUCACUCCUACAAUCUUUUUACGGUUUUGCUAGGAGUUAUCAAUUGCAGCAUUACUACCUAAUGAAGAGCUUUGCUCUACACACUGACUUUCCAUCUCUAGGUAGGUGUUGAAUAGAAUUUUCAUAAGUAGAUUUAUUGAUUUGUUUCUUAGGUUCUUCACAACCAGGUUCUUCUGUAUAUAUUUUUGUGUCACUGCUUGAAAUAAUGUUUUUGGCUGACUUAGUUCCAGUACAAUGUUCAUUUCUGUUGUUCCGAAAGUUAACUGUUUAGCAAGUUUUUUGGAUCAAUAUUAUAUCUGUAUUAGUUUGCUGCUCUCUUCUCGGGCUAAAUUUAUUUGUAAAUGAUUUUUCCUUGGCUGUGGGCAAACCAGGCCAAAAAUAUGUGUGAGCCUCCAUUAUAAAAUAACAGUUCUGAAAGUCAGAGAUCUCAUAUGUAGUUAGACAGACUAUAGGCUUUAGGAUAAGCUAAGCAUAAAGCUUUAUAAGACAAAACUAUCAAUUCACCAUGAUUUCUUCACUUUGUACUUUAAUUUAAUAGGGUUAGAACUGCCGAGGGUUCAGUGGUUGGGGCACGAAGAAAUAAAAUGCUGGAUGUUUAGGCCUUGCAUACGGCAAGCUACAGCUUGGAUGUCUACGGCACGUCUCUCUUGUCUCAGACCCUACAUGGUGAAACUGUAUUUGUUCAGAAAACUGUAUACACUCUGGUAGAAAAACUUUUGAGGAAAACUACAGAUUUAAAAAUUACUUUCACGAAGCCACAGAUUUAGCCAAAUUAUUGAACUGAGCUGUAAAAAUGGCACCUUGGGCCUGUCGUCCAUCCUCACAUAUUUUGUCUGACUGAGGUAGCUCAACACAAUAAAUUGGUCUAAAAUGUGUAGAUUAGUGAACUACUCCUUAGAUCUCUAUCUCCACAAUACUUGUGUAAAAAUAGCAGCGAUUCUGCAAAAGUUACUCCUGCAAGUUUGAUUCUUGUAAUCUGUUUUAUUUUCUGAAACAACUCUUGUAAUCUGUUUAGACCUAGUGUUAUUUAUAGAACAUGUUUCGUUUGUUCAUUAGCACUGUAUGCAACCUUAUU